CUCGUUGUCCUGCCCACCGCUUCGGGAGCCGUCUCUUGAAUCUCGAAGGGUAUUGAUUCCACCUCAUCUGGCAGCAGUGAAAGGGUCUUCUCGGCUACUUCGAAUAUCUCAAUUGGCCUUAUUGCAGCAGCCUGGCGAGCUUAAGUAUCCCCUGGUCCAUCGACAAACCGCGGCUCAUCCCGAGGGGCUUAUCGCAUGUUCCCUGCACAUGAAAAACUUCAACAUCUCGACUCACGGCCAACAAAAUACAGUGAAAGACACAGCUCUUGAGGCCGUAAGGACGGGAUCGGGUACUACUUCAUCGAACCCACGCGAAUUCAGGAGAAGGACGAGGCUUUUGAGGCCAUCAAGCUCAGGAAAAGGGUCCAGGGGUGGUGUAUGGAGUACAGAUACAACUCCAUUUCCUCUCAUUCCUUCUCCACAAUAAAUCCCUCCUAGCACCCGCUACCUCAUUACCCGACUCAGUUCUCGACCCUCGACCUUCUCACUCGCUCUCACAAAUCAUGCCUCCGCGCAAAAGCGACGCGAGCCGGAGAAGCGACGUGUCCAACGCCCGCUUCAUCGUAAUGGACGAGGAACCUUCCGCCUCCACCACGCCGGCCAAGGCCGCGGCGGCACCCGCUACCGCUGCCCGCGCCGCCGGCACCCCGUCUUCAGCAUCCGCGGCCAAGCCCUCCUCAGCGACGCCGUCCAGUGUGCCCGCGCCGACGCCCGACUCUGCCGCUGCCGCUGCAAAGUCCACGCCGGCGACAACGGAGAAGAAGGAGAGCCAGACGCAUGACAAGAUGGCCAAGGCGGAUAGGGAUGCUCUCACCAUCGAGGAUCUCAGCUUGCCCAAGUCCAUCAUCACCAGGCUGGCAAAGGGUGUCCUCCCGCCUCAGACUCAGAUUCAGGCCAAUGCCGUCUUAGCCAUGGGAAAGAGCGCGACGGUGUUCAUCAACUACCUAGCUUCUCAUGCCAAUGAGAUCACAACAAAUGCCGGCAAAAAGACCGUCAGCGCUGAAGACGUCUUCAAGGCUCUGGAUGACAUCGAGUUCGGUUUUCUGCGAGAACCAUUGGAGCAGGAGUUUGCCAAAUAUACCCAAAUCCAAAACGCAAAACGCACAACCUACCGCAACAAGGUGGCUGCCAAGAAGGGCGGUGCCGCAGCCGGGGCAGCAGGCACAGCAUCAGCAGAUGUGUCCCUUCUCUCCAACCCCGACGACAGCGUCAUGACCGCAGCAUCCACAGACACCGCCCCCCGCUCAAAGAAGGCCCGCGUAGACGACUCGGCCAUGACCGUGGACGAAGAGGCCGAUGACGCAGAGACGGAGCCCGAGGAGGAGGCCGAGGAAGAGGAAGACGAGGAGGCGGACGAGGAAGAGGAAGAAGAGGACGAUGACGAGGACGAGGAAGGGAGUAGUGAGGAGAUGCACGAUGCGCUGGAGACGAAGGAGGGCGAGGGUAGUGACGUCGAUGAGGCGCUGGACGGGGACGAGAGUGACUAAAGUCUCGUGGUUAAUCUCCUAUUUUGGGGUUGACGAAGAGAAUUUCAAUAUUCGUCAGGAGGACAUGAGGUUACCUAGCGUGAUGAAGGCAAAAAAAGAACGGGCUGCAACGGGGAGCUUCAGCCCCGGUUUUGGGUCAUGGAAGG